AUGGGUGGGGCCGUGGUUUCAAUGUUCGCUAUUAAAUACCCAAAUUACGUGAGCAUGAUCUGUUUGCUAGCUCCUCCUGCUAAUGAACAGUGUGAAACCGAUUUGAUACAACAAUUACGUUCAGGUAUUUAUAGUGCACUCUUACCGGAAACAUCUGAACAACUCUAUGCUAUGAUUAAUAUGCUAACAGUGAAAAAGAUUAAUUUACCUCGACCAUUCUUGAAUGGUUUUCUUCAUCUAAGGUUACGUCUACUUGACGAACAUAAAAGAGUGCUAUCAUCACUUCUUGAAUAUGACUAUCCACAUCUUGAAGAGUAUUAUCAAAAACUACGGCAAAUGGACAAGCCAGCACUAAUUCUUUGGGGACGUCAAGAUCGGGUAUGCUGA